GCGCACGAGUGGUCAGACAGUGACACGUGUCAGCUGUGUGGCAAGUCCUUCUUUUGGGUGAUGGCGUUUCCCCCGAGCACAGCCCGCCAGCACCACUGCCGUCGGUGUGGCAUGGCAUUGUGUGGUUCGUGUGUGCCCUUGAAGAAACCGUUUCCGCGUGGCGGCUUUGAGCUGCCUGUGUAUCUGUGCAAAACGUGUGCGCCGGAACUUGCCCCGGAAGACCUGGCACCAACCAUUGACAGAUACGUAUUGCCCGUAACGAGUAUGCAAUGGGAUGAAGAGGCGCGGUGUCUGAUGGGCUUAAGCACCGAAAACAAUGUACAGCUCUUCAAAUUUCCAGAGACCGAACUUUCCCGUAAACGCCUAUCGAAACGCGCUGCAAGUAAAGGGAAAGACGCGAGCAACGAAGCUGAGUCAUCCGGGUCCAUCAAGCGGACUAGCAGUAUACCCCCCGUCACAAACAAACGCGAGGCUGCCGAUGUACAGAGAGCGAUUGAUAUAUCAAAGGAGCAGGAACAGUCCCUCAAUGAAGAUAGAGGUGCUGGCAGUGGUAGCGGCCAGGGUCAGGGCAAGGGCACGAACGCAAUCAGUCGCAAUGGGAACGCCCGGUUAAGUCCUGCCCUGUCCAAUUCCGACCUAGAGCCGGCCCUGGUGGCUGUGGGUUCUGGGCAGGGAGAUGGCCGCGGGUCGCAUGCGCAUACAGACGGGGGCCAGCACACAUGGACACGCCCAGGGGGUCAGGGUGCACCUAUACAAGCGGAGAAUGGUGUACAAGAGGACCGUGCCACACCCAGCCCUGAGCCGAUGAUGAAGCGCAGGCCGUUAAAGUCGGCGUUUGCGGGGGGUCUGUUUGAUUCUGAUGGAGAUGGUGGCGAUAGCGACGAGGAGGAGAGCGGCUUCGUGAAUGGCGAUACACACGCCGACACUAAAACUCGGUCGCCAGGGAAGGAUGUGCGAACGCACAUUGCUCAACCAGUAUCACCUGCUAGCAAGGAUAAUGAAGCUACUUUCGCUGAGAUAGUCGCACAACCACCGCCAUCUGCGGACCAGGCAGAUGUCCCGAGUGCCGAUAAUAAAGGAGUGGAGAGCACCAAUGGUUUCGUGGACGUGCGGGUGGGCUCCCCUGAAAAAGAAGAAGGGAAAGUAACGGAUUCUGACAAAAUCUCUUCGAAUGAACAGCUUCAGACAAAUGCGAAGGAUAACGAGGUUAUUGCAAGAGAUGAUACGCCCAUGGUUAAACAGGAACAAGAGGAUCUCGAUAAAGAAGAGGAGGAGGAGAGUAGAACGCAAGAUGGCGCAGUAGACCAGACUGUUGGUAACAGUGGUACUGAGAGUUCGGAUCAUAAAGCGUUGCAUGCCGAGGCCUCUGAUGUGAAUGCAGGCGGAGAGAUAGCAAGCACAUUGCAGGUAGCAACGGAGACACCCGUUCACAGCGAUGCGACAACAGUGAGAGAGGAUAUCCAGGAUGAUAUGACAAAUGUGUGCAUAUCGCCGAGCAAGUCUUCAAAUCAGGAUGUAUCUGUAGACGCGUCGUCAGAUGUAAAUACCAGUGCCGACAGAGGUGUGGAAUUAGAUGUGGGGACGGCCGUUGCUACGUAG